AUGGGAGCACGAGGAGCACUGGCACAAGGUGCACGAGGUGCACUGGCAAUGAGAAAGGACUUCUGGCAGCAAGCUUUGCAACUGAUAGCAGACUUGUCUCAAAGAAGAACACAUCCAAGUGUCUUCACGCUCAACAAGACUUUGGCAGUCCUCAAAGAUGCGGACAAAGGUCUUUUGGCUCAUGAUUUCUUCGGUACUUUUCCGGAGAGGCGUGUGGAUCCAGAUUUGGUCAGCUACAACAUCACCACGAGCGCACUAGAACGCUCCUCCUUGUGGCAAAAAGCAAUUGCAAAUGUUCGGGAACUGAUUGAGGCGAACCUUUCGCCCAAUGUGAUCUCCCUGAAUUCCUUGCUGUCUGCCAUUGGAAGAGCCAGCAACUGGAGGGGCGCCCUACUUGUGUUCAGCACUGAUGUCACUCUCACGAGGACAAGGAAGAAUGACAUGAGAACCCUCAGCGACCUAUUCACCAUGCUCAAGACUGCAAGAGCGCAUCCAGAUGGAGCUAGCUAUGGCAUUGCGAUAAAGGCUUGUGUGGAAGUGAUGGAGUGGAGGCAAGCUUUGGCUUUGCUGCCCGAGAGCAGCUCUUUUCCCUCGAAGAUCUCAGAAAGGGCUGCGAUUACGACCGUGCUUUCGGGUUGCAGUAUUGCUUCCAAGUGGUUACAAGGACUAAUGAUUCUUCACAAGCGAUUUUCAGACUUUCGUUUCCGAGACUCUGCUCUGGUGGGUGCCAUGGUGAAUGCUUGUGCAUCUGGUCAAGCUUGGCAAUUGGCAAUUGCCACGUGGAAUGAGCACUUUGAACUCAGUAAUGAAGUAGUUUUAAGGUCAGUCAUCGCUGCCUGUGAGCUGGGCUCAUGGGAGGUGGCGAUGCUUCUGCUUGGGACCUAUCGCCACAACUAUGGACACUUGCACUUCACAUCCAUCGCUUCAGUAGCUGCCAUGGCUUCAGCUGCGAAAGCCACUCAAUGGCAGCUGGUUCUGCUGGUGCUUCAGGAGCUGGGCUGUGAUGAUAGGCCACCUGUGGCAGCAAUCAACGUGGUGUUGGACUCUGUCUCGAGAGGAAUGCAAUGGAUACACAGUCUGUGGUUGCUGGACCAGGCCGAGAAGACUCGAGUGACACGCCCGUCCACGUACGCAGCUGGGACAAUGGCGUUUCAGCUGCAGCCCCGCGUGUUGCAAAGCUUGGUUCGGCGACAUUAUCAAGCUGCCACCAACGGGCUUUUGGCACAAGGUGCUCGCAGUGCAGAAGCGGUUGGAGACCUUUUGCCAGCAGCUGAAAUGCUGAUUUCAUCGUCAAUGGGGAAUGCUCCAGGAGCCGCAGCUGUUCGGCUGUGCAGCGAUGCUGCGUCAGGGUUGACACCACAGGCCUAUGCAAUUGCCUCACUCGGGCCAUGCCUGGCACGACUUGCUUUGCCUAAUGACUUGAAAGUCCAGGCUCCAGGACAUUCUGUCCGUCAUCAGCUUCUGCGACACUUUGUUUUGGCUGAGGUGUGCCCUCAACGACCCUCUGCAGACGUCUUGCUGGCACCGAGCCCAGGGAGCAGAACUCCAGCGUCCUCCUCAUGGAACCUGUGCAGUUUGUGUUGA